CUACGUGCCCAGCCCCGUUCUAGGCACUGGGGAGACAGCGACGAAAAACGGGCAGACAAGCCCUGCCCUCACGGGGUUGGCAUUCCGGUCAGGAGAGAGAGGACAGGCAGUGGCGGACCAAGGACACAGAUUCCGGCAGCCUCCCUUGACUCAGAGCCUGCGAGUGGCCCAGUCCCCGACGACGUCCCGGCGGGCAAGACCACCUCCCCAAGACGCCUGGAGAGGCCCCCGGUGCCGUGCGUGCCGCUGGGGCUGGAGGAGGCGCUGAGCGCCCUGGGGCUGCAUGGGGAACGGGAGUACGCCGGGGACAUCUUUGCCGAAGUCAUGGUGUGCCGUGUGCUGCCCCAGAGGGCCCUGCCCCGCACUGUGACCCCGGAGAUGCGCGCGCUAGUGGUGGACUGGCUGGUCCAGGUGCACGAGUACCUGGGUCUGGCGGGGGACACGCUGUACCUGGCAGUGCACCUGCUCGAUUCCUACCUGCGGUCGGGCGGGGUGCGCCUCCACCGCCUCCAGUUGCUGGGCGUGGCUUGCCUGUUCCUAGCUUGCAAAAUGGAAGAGUGCGUGCUUCCCGAGCCCGCCUCCCUCUGCCUCCUGGGUGCUGGCUCCUUCUCCCAGGUCCAGCUUCUCCGAGCUGAGCGCCGCAUUCUGAGCCGCUUGGAUUUUCGGCUGUACCACCCAGGUCCGCUUCUCUGCCUGGAGCUACUGGGUGCGCUGGCAGGGAGCAACCCCCAGGUGAUGCUACUUGCUACCUACUUCCUGGAGCUGUCUCUGCUGGAGGCUGAGGCAGCUGGAUGGGGGCCUGGUCGCUGCGCAGCUGCUGCACUGAGCCUGGCGCGCCGUUUGCUCCAUGGGGCGGGCUCUGGACCGGAGCCGGUGCUUUACAGCCCCUCGGAGCUGGGCCCGCUGGAGCUAUGCAUGGUCUGCGCCGCGCUCCGAGGUCCCGCGCCUGGCUGUGCCGCCAUUUUCCUCAAGUACGCUCGGCCUCAACGUCAGGGCACCAGCCUCGCCGCCGCCCGCCUGCUCCGCUGCCCCCAGCCCGAGCUGUCCUGAGCCCGGAGACCCCAUCAAAAAAGACUCCGUGUGUUACG